AUGAGUAUGGCACUUCUUUCAAAGAACAAACUCAGUUUCAUUGAUAGUUCUCUACUUCCACCAGAUGCCACAGAUCCUAUGUUCUUGGCUUGGCAACGCUGCAAUACUAUGGUUCUUGCAUGGAUCCAUAGAUCAAUCAAUGAUUCCAUUAAGCAAUCCAUCCUUUGGAUUGAUCGUGCUUUCGAAGCUUGGAAUGAUCUUAGAGAUCGUUUUCGUCAGUCAGAUAUCUUCAGGAUGUCAGAUAUUCAAGAAGAUGUCUACAAACUUCAACAAGGUGAGCUAAGUAUCACCGAUUAUUUUACUGAAUUGAAGAAGCUUUGGGAUGAACUACAUAAUUUGAGGCCUUUGCCUUCUUGUCGAUGUGUAACUCCAUGUACAUGUGGUGCCAUCACUCUGGUAAGAGACUAUCGAAGUCAAGAUCAUACAGUGAGGUUUCUUAAAGGCUUAAAUGAGCAAUAUGCUCAUGUAAGGUCACAAAUCAUGAUGGUGGAUCCUCUUCCACAUGUAAGUAGAGCAUUUUCUCUUGUAGUACAACAAGAAAGGCAUUUUCAACAUGAUGGAAACUCAUCCAUGGAUUCACGAGUUUUUGCUGGAAAUUCGAGCACUGGAAAAAGAUAUGCUCCUGCUGACAAAACAAGAUUUAGAAACAAUGGUCAUGCUGGUUCUACCAAUAAUCGUGGAAGCAAGGUGUGUACACAUUGUGGUAGACUCAACCAUACUGUGGAAACUUGCUAUCAAAUUCAUGGCUAUCCUCGAGGAUACAGAACAUCCAAUUUGAAACCUCGCAGUGCAGCCAAUUAUGCUCAAUUUGGUGAUUCUGAACAUAGAACAACUAAUGAUACUCAAGCUGGGCUCACUAUCUCACAGGAGCAGUAUCAACAGCUUGUUGAUCUGUUACAUGGCCGACAUUUACAUUCAUCUACCGGUGAAGAAGUCACCCAUUCAACUAAUUUGGUUCAAGCUGUAGCCAUGAACUCAAACUCUCUCCUUCCUUUAAACAAUAACCAACCAGGUAAUACAUCUGUCCAUUGGCUUCUUGACACUGGGGCCACGGAUCACAUUUGUCCAAUACUUUCACAAUUCUCUUCCACACAUAAAAUUUCACCUAUAUCCAUUAUGUUGCCAAAUGGAACACAUGUGGUAACUACCCUUUCUGGUUCUGUACAUUUGUCUGAUUCUCUCACAUUAUUAGAUGUGCUUUAUGUUCCCGAAUUUAAAGUCAAUUUAAUCUCUGUAUCCAAACUUGUGUCAGUUAUUCCAUGUUAUCUGACUUUUCACAAAUUCCAUUGCUACAUUAAACAGGCCAACACCAAGAGGACGAUUGGUAUAGCUGAGGCAAGUGAGGGGCUGUAUGUGCUAAUCAAGGAGCAAGCAAGCCAUAUUGUUCAAAAUAAGUCAGAGUAUUCUCAUAAUGGGAUGCAUACAGUUUUUUGA